AUGUCGAGUCGCCAACAGAUUGACUCUGUCAUCGACGAUGACGAUGAGUUUUGCCCCCUUUGUAUCGAAGAGUUCGACCUUUCGGACAAGAACUUCAAACCAUGCCCCUGUGGAUAUCAAAUUUGCCAGUUCUGUUACAACAAUAUCAAAACUCAAAAUGACGAGGGUCGAUGCCCGAACUGCCGCCGUGCCUACGAUGAUAGUACGAUUCAAUACAAGAUACCCGACGCCGAAGAAUUCAAGGCAGAUCUAGCAUUGAAGCAUCGCAAGGCGGCCGCCGCGAAGAAGAAGGAAGCAGAGAAACGUGAAAUCGAAGCCUCCAGCCGGAAGAAUUUGGCGGGCGUUCGCGUGGUCCAAAAGAACCUGGUUUAUGUGAUCGGGUUGAAUCCAACAAUUCGCGACGAAAACCAACUCCUCCAAACGUUGCGCGGGAAGGAGUAUUUCGGACAAUACGGUGAUAUCGAGAAGAUUGUGGUCAGCAAGGCGAAGCCCGGUGGUAACCCCCACCAGGGUAUUGGGGUUUAUGUGACCUUCACACGCAAACUGGAUGCCGCAACUUGUAUCAACGCCGUUGAUGGCUCUGCGAAUGGGGACCGUGUCUUGCGGGCGCAGUACGGAACGACGAAGUAUUGCUCAUCUUUCCUCCGGAACGAGCAAUGCAACAAUCGCAACUGCACCUUCUUGCACGAGACCGGCGAGGACAGUGAAAGCUAUACUCGGUCCGACCUUUCUUCUAUGAAUACGUUGUCUAGCCAGCGCCCGAACCCAACACCUCAGGUUACUCACUCUCGCCUCGGCCAGCCAAUCGCCCACCAAAUGCGCCGGCAGUCAAGCAAGGACGACUCGAUCACCGGGCGGCAAUCCAUUCCAGAUGGUCCUGCCCUUCCUUCGUCUGCCAGCUGGGCGAACAAGGAUAUGAACGCAACAAUCCGGACAAGGAGGGCGAGUUUGACUGGUAGCCAGGCAUCGCAAAGCCCUCGCCCUGCCAGUGUGAACAUUGCAACGGCCUCCGAUGAAGCUAGGCGCUCCGAGAAACCUUCACCAGUUGUUCAGGCCGCACAACGAGCAUCUCCGCCCGAAGCACGUUCUCCCGCCACCCAACUCCAACCAAGUGCCACCCAACCAAGUGCCACCCAAUCAAAUGCCACCCAGCCAAGUGCCACCCAACCAAGACCUCGUGAUGAGAAGUCACCUUCGGAAAUCGCCUGGGAGAAUGUACUCAAGGACUUCAUGUCUCCCGACUUCCGAUUUUCCUUUUCAACAGCCGAUAUUCCAGCUGAUGAGCUGAAGAUCAUCCAAUCCUAUCCAUCAUUUAUUGACCCCUAUGGCGGCGUUAAGCGCCGCGCGAUGCGUGAAAAGGCCGAGCAGGAACGGAUUAAUCGGGAGCAAGAGCUUCUCCAGUCUGUCGCGACCGAAGAAGACAGCCGCGAAGCCGGAAGCCUUCAAUUAGGAGGCGAGCCCGAGAAUUCCCCCGCCCCUCAAGCCCGACAAACCCGCGAAUCGCAUGGUGCUAUUCAGCCACCCACUUCUCAACAAGGCACUGCUGAUAACUCAACCGUCGGAUCCCCUGUUUCUGCGACAAGCCACCAAUUUCAGGGUCUCAACUUGGCUGGUCGCAGUUUGACUCCACUCCAGCAGCAGCAAUUGAUGCUUUUGAAGUCAGCUGGCAACCAGCAGACUGGAUUGUCUGAUUCUUUGAAUUCGGCUGCUGUUGACCAGGCAAACCAAGUACGCCAUGGACUUUUGCAAACACAAAUGGCUCAAUUAAAUGCAUUGCAAGCUCAAGGCCGCCAAUCUUCACGCUUCGCCCUGAACGAAACUGGCACGAAGAACAUCAGCAACGCUCGGAUGUUGAGCCAGAUGCAGUCCGGGACACCAAACCCUUUGUCAGCACCAAGCCCCCAACAUACCCUUGCCGGUGGCUUUUAUGCAAGCGGCGUUCAGGGCCCUCCCCCCUGGCUUGAAGACAGCAGGAACUCCCCCCUAUCAGCGGUGGUGGCAUGUACUAUUGGAAAGCAAGAUGCGACCCCCGAAUUAAUGCGUGAAUUACUGCGUGGUCGAAGUGGCGCAAAUAUGGGAGGAGUACAAGGCCAGGAGGCCGUAAAGCGUGAGUUCAUGUUCCCUUUUCUUCAACAGCACCAAACCCCACCUCCCCUGACUCCCGUCAAUGGCCUUCUCAGCUCUUUCUAUGGGUCCCAGGCGGGUGUAGCGCCCGAAUCCGGUGGCCCACAGAAACAGAAGAAGAAGGGGAAGAAGCACAGACACGCUAACACUUCCUCCGGUGGAGGUGGUGUAGUAGAUCUUGCGGACCCGAGCAUCUUACAGGCAAGGAUGCAGCAAGUUGGUGGCAAUGCUACUGCUGGGCAAGCGUUGUACGGGAGCCAGGGUCAAGUGAACGAGGAUUUCCCUCCUCUGGGCACACCGGUGAAAGAAAACCAGCCCAUUGAUACUUUCGGAUUCCUGAAGUGUCAGCUUCCUAGCGACUCUGUUGGCCGGGUUGGAACCCCAACACUACCACCUGGACUGCCUCUGCCUCAUGCCCACCCUUCAUCGGCGGCCUUUCAAGAAAAGUUAGGUUUAUCCAAACCGUCUUCUCCUGCUCCAAUUCUUCCACCAGGCCUGGGCAGUGGAUUUUCGCGGCCCGGAAGUCCAUCGCAGAAAAAUGUCCCCGAGUCUCGCUCUAUGACCCCUGAGGCAACCGAACGCACCAGCUCCAUGUCGGCCCGCACAAGGGACGCUUCUCAAAUCUCUUUCGGAUCCCCUGUUGCCAAACCCAGCACAAAGGCUCGAAUGAACAACAAGCUGGAUUCGGCAGAUGCCGCUGAGGACAAGAGAUCCGUCGUCAAUACCGAGCAAAGUCCCUCUACUGGAAUAAAACCCAGUCCAAUUGCCCUGAAUACGGCCUUGACUCAAGAAACAACUCCAGCCAAAUCCGAGCGUGCUAUCUCUGGGACCUUUGCCUCCGUGGCAGGAUCGGCGUCUGUUGUUGGCUCACGACCUAAUACUCCACUGACAGCAGCUUCUCGUGCUUCUGAUUCUCCGGCUCCCCGCCAACCGAGAAUUCUGCGCGUUGUAGAAACUCCCAAGCCCGAAGCUCCUCUCCCCAUUGGCACAGCGCCAUCUGUGACUAUUGGGGCCGACAAGUCCCGUUCUCGCCGACAAAGCUUGUCAUCAAACAGCCGCCCAGAUACACCUGCCGACAUGGGCUCAGAGGCCGACUUUGAUGUUUCGACCACAGCAUCUCGCGCAAACUCUCCUCCACCUACUCGGAUUGGUUCUGCUCCAGUUCGUUCGGUGACGAAGAGCCAAGCUAAAAAGGAAAGGCGCCAGAAGGCCAAGGAGGCCGAGGCUAAGAAAGUCGAGACAACGGCUGCUGCCGAAGAGCCUGUUCAAGCUCCCAUCAUGGGACGGAAACGCAAAACCAAGAAGGCGCCUACUCUCACCGAAUUGGCCGAUUCGACUGCCAACACGCCCACCGAAGUAGGCAGCCCAGCUAAGACUGCCCCUUCUCCGAAGAAACCCGAGCCUAAGCCCGAACCUCCUAAGAAGGUGAAGGAAAAAGAGCAACCACCUCCGGAGGUAAAGGCAGCACCCCUCAAAGAAGAGCCAAUCCGACAGAAGAUUGUCCCAGUGGAGGCCUGGCGCUCUCGCAACACCGUGGAGCAGCUGGUUAAGGAUGCCGAGGAGACAGGACGUUCCAUCAAAGACAUUUUUGCGGAACGGACAAAGCCUCUUCAUGAGCUCCUUGCCACGAUGCACAAAUCUGGUGACCUCGACCUCAACAAAAGCUCGCUAUUCAACCCCGCAAAUCUCAGCCAACGAUAUGACAUGAAGUGCAAUUCGCGUGAUUACGAUUUCCUCAAGCAACCUAUCGAGUUGACGGACGAUCACCGCAAGACUCUGUUACGUGGCCAGCCCGUUCGAACUGGUUGUGAUGAGCUAAAGAAUCGUGUCUUGAUCACACCUCGCGGUUGCGUUCUGCGUCAUCUUGAACUGGCAGAGGAACAACGGUACCUAGAUUUGGAAAAGCGUCGCAACGGCGCUAUUGAUCCGUUCGUUAUCGGCGAUGACUCCAGCAACAUCAACGGUGGACUAGAGGCACUCUUUGCAACACCCGAGAAGUACAACAUCUACUGGAUCGAUGACGACUCAACCCGCAUGGGUACCACUUCUCCAACCAGCACUCUGGAUGCGACUGAGUCCGUGAUUCCACCGAAUGUUAUGUCUGCAAUGGAAGCCGAUAGCUCUCGAAGCCAUGACUGGGCCGUCGCCCACUCCGCUGAACUCCUCCAGACCACCACUGCCGCCGUUCGUUCAUUCGCUGCUGCCACUGCUAAACAGAUGCUUGGCACUGCCGCGAUGCCUGGGAGUAACCCUAGCUUGGACGAUGUUGCCGCCAUGACCAACGAAGAGCUCAAGGAGCUUUCCGGCAAGUCACAGAAAGACCUUGAAACUACCCGCAAGGAACUGGAGUCUUUGGAGAAGAAGUUCUCGGCUCUACUUCGGCGAAACAAGAAGGUUCAGCACCAGGCUCUCUCUAUAGUCGGAGAUGCCAACGCAUGA